GAAUGGAAAAGGUGGCAAGGGAAAGGGCAUGAUGGAGAUGAUGGGGGGAUGGGGGGGCAGCUGGGGCAAGGGAAGCUGGGACUGGGGUUGGGACAUGGGAGGUUGGGGCAAAGGCGGAUGGGACGCAGGUUGGGGCAAAGGCGGCGGCUGGGACAAGGGCGCUGGACCUCAGAAGGGCUUCGGCAAAGGAGACAGUUGGCAGAGUCCAAGCAGUUGGGAGAAAGGCGGCAGCUGGAGCAAGGGAAGCAGCUGGGAUAAAGGUGGUUCGGACACGGGCGCAGACAAAGGAGGCUGGGGCAAAGCAGGCAUCCCGGCCAA